AUGUCGGAUGAGCCUUUAGUCUUCACGCCUGUGGAUAGAUGGAGUGAACUAAAGUCAGUGUUCAAAUCGGAUUGGCCAAGAAGCAUUCUUGGUGUUCUUUUAUUAGAAAAUCAAGAGUCUCUUUUGAAAUCUGGUGUGGAUUACGGCUUCAAAGUGUAUUGCCCAUUUGGUGAUGUAAAUAAUGGUAUGGUUGCACUAAAUAUUAAGGAUAAAUAUUACGAUGUUAUCAUCCAAUGUCCCAAAGAUGAUACCCGAGAACUGGAAGAAGCCCUGAAAACCACCAGCAUCGUUGACUGGAAGAAAUGCGAUCAGAUACCUGUCCUACCCAAGCAUGUUAUGGAUUGUGUUAAAAGGUUAUAUUCAGAGAAGAAUCUCAAAAUAGAACCAAUAGUGCAUAUCACAAGGGCGGAUACGUUUGUUUUAGAUAAAGAAGCAUCUCCUUAUGAUGUCAGGUUACCCCCCGGACAUACAUUCGAGUUCUUAUCCCUAGAUUCCGUGCCAUUGGUCAAUGAAACUUGGCCUCACAAAUACCCUGGAUCCGAAUGGUACUACGAGUUUCUCAUCAAAGCCAAGUUAGGCUUUGGUCUCUACAAUGGAAAAGAGUUAAUAGCAUGGGUCUUUCUCAGAGAAAUAGGCUGUCUAGGGCACCUAUACACACUGGAAAAGCAUAGAAGGAAAGGCUACGGGGAAUUAGUUCUGAAACUAAUAUCAAAUAAACUUUUGAAAGAUAAAAAAUAUACGGUCGCUUACUGUGCAGCUUAUAAUACGAAUGGUGCCAACCUGUACAAGAAAUUAGGCUUUAAGAAUCUCCUAGAAAUGGACUGGUGUAAUUUUUAAUUAAACUUUCAAAUGGCUGACUAA